GUGUGGUCCGGGGAGCCUCCGGCCGGCGCGUCGGCAUCGCGCGCGCACUUUUUUCCCCGAAACGGGAUCGCUGUCGGUCGGCCGACUCGUCGUAGGCCCUUCUCUCGUCUUAUACGGUCGAAGGGCAAAUGUUCGCGGCCUCGUUCGUUCGCCCGACGCGCCGGCGAGCCACCAUCGGCGGGUCCACCUGACGACCGUGCACGCCAUUACGCGCCGCCCGGACGAGCUGGGGAACGCGGGUGGAUGAGAAGGGCGACCCCGGUGCCAGUUCCAAGAUGGCGGACGCGAGUGACCGGUGGAAACUGUCGUGAGGCGGGUGCAUGGGGUGGGCGCCGAUACCGGAAAGGCUUAGCCGGCUCGAGGCGGCUCCGCGACUGACCCGGAAGGGCUCGGCAGAAAGUAAGGUUAAGGGAACGUCCGCGGGUCUUGUGGCGUGAUAGCGGUCGAGGAGUGGCGCAUGAUGGAAGAGUCGACGGAUCUAUAUCUAGGGCUAUCUUACCCACUUCUUCGCGAGGAUUGGCGACGAUUUCGUUAAAGGUUGUCAAAGCUGGCGCGAGUGGCGGGAAGUGCCGAAGAGACCUGGCCCUGUUUCCGGUUCCUGUCUUGCUAGCGACGGUAGCGGGCUCGAGAGCACGGAGAACAGCAGGAACAAGUGGAAAGAUCUUUCCUCGUAGAAGAGCCAAAGAGUCGAACGUGGCGAGGUUCAGGAACACGACAAAUCAGGCGAAGCGGCGGCGUGACCCUGGCCCCCCGUAACAAUUAACCCCAGCCCCUUGGACCACGCUUUUUUGACCAGGAAAUCCAACCACGACCCCUGAAAAACCUUCGCAUCCGUAUAAGCGGUUGCAGGAAGCCGCAAAUUCUACACACACGGUCACAUCUACGGACGCAUCAUGAAUGAACUAGACAGCCUUCGCCAAGAGGCGGAGACUCUGAAAAAUGCCAUUCGUGAUGCAAGAAAGGCAGCAUGCGACACGAGUCUUGCCCAGGCCACUUCGGGAAUGGAUCCCAUUGGCCGGAUACAAAUGCGAACCAGGCGUACUCUACGAGGACACUUGGCGAAGAUAUACGCGAUGCACUGGGGCAGUGACUCUAGAAAUCUGGUGUCGGCGUCUCAAGACGGAAAGUUGAUUGUCUGGGACAGCUACACAACCAACAAGGUCCACGCAAUCCCGCUUCGCUCUUCAUGGGUCAUGACGUGUGCGUACGCACCAUCCGGAAGCUACGUGGCUUGCGGCGGAUUGGACAACAUUUGUUCGAUUUACAGUCUUAAAACUAGGGAAGGUAACGUCCGAGUUAGCAGAGAGCUUCCUGGGCAUACCGGGUACCUGUCUUGCUGUCGCUUCCUCGAUGACAACCAAAUCGUCACCAGCUCUGGAGACAUGUCUUGCGCUCUUUGGGACAUCGAGACUGGGCAGCAAUGCACGUCAUUCAUCGGCCAUACGGGAGACGUAAUGUCCUUGUCCUUGGCACCGGAUAUGCGUACUUUUGUCUCGGGAGCUUGCGACGCCAGUGCGAAACUCUGGGACAUCCGCGAGGGUUCCUGCAAGCAGACUUUCCCAGGCCACGAGAGCGAUAUUAACGCCGUCACGUUCUUCCCGAACGGCUACGCAUUCGCGACGGGCUCCGACGACGCCACUUGCAGACUCUUCGACAUCAGAUCAGACCAGGAGCUGGCGAUGUAUAGUCACGACAACAUCAUCUGCGGUAUCACGAGUGUGGCCUUCAGCAAGAGCGGACGAUUGCUGCUAGCUGGCUACGAUGACUUCAACUGCAACGUUUGGGACUCUAUGAAGUCCGAACGAGCCGGAAUCCUCGCCGGGCACGACAAUCGCGUAUCCUGCCUGGGUGUCACGGAGGACGGCAUGGCGGUGGCGACGGGUUCCUGGGACUCGUUCCUCCGCAUCUGGAACUAACUUGGGGAUCGGGCCACGACGUUCCUAGGUAGAACCUACUGCAGCCAAUCAGCAUACAGCAUAAGCAUCAAGUAUCACCACCUGAGGACCGAGCAGGUCGGCCCGGCCGGCUCGUUCGCGGACGACCUGCCAGGAACACCCGAAUUGACCCUGACCAGGAGCUGCGACCACCUGGGCAGCACCAGUGACGGCAGCAGUAGUGCUAACAGCAAGGAGGUUUUGGGCUGCGCCGGUAAGGGCGCCAUCAGCCGCCGGAAACGGAUCGUCGUCGACCUGGCCUGGCGGCGCGGCAAGGUCGGCGACAAGGCUGCUCGCGAGUACCAGCGUUUCUAGGAACUUAGACGAAUCGCGCAUCCUAAACUACGAGGGAGAACUAAGGAAGCGAGCGAACCGGGAAGUAAAAAGAGGUCGCCGAGAGAAGACUAACAAGGAGAGAGGAAGUUCCAAGCCAUCAGCCAAAUCUCUUCGUCAUUGCCAUCGCCAUCGACCUCUCGUUACCGGGAGACUCCUCCAAGGCCUGGUACCACCGCUCGGGAGUGAAGGGUCCGCCAUCUUGGUACCACCAGGAUGAUCCAGGUCCGCCACUCGAGUCUUUUCGUGCGGAAGACCAUCGUCUUCGGCACUCUGCCAGGUGUCCAGGUCACGACCGGGACCGCCAACAGACGCGGUUCCUAAGAGGUCUCUGCCGACGAGACCUUACUAUCCGGACAUUGUUGUUUUAGGUUUUUUUUACUCGCACAAAACCAAGUCGUAGAGGAGGAGAGAUCAAGUGUACGAGCCAUAUUCCGUACGCCAUCGUGACACCGAUUUAGCGGGCGCGCACCCACGUUCACGCAUACACACACGCACACCUGAGAUAUGCAGGACACUGCGUUUGGGCGCACACAAGGACGCUCAAGCUUCGAGAACAGGAAAGAAGAAAAUGGAGACGAAGUCAAGCAGGACCGGAGCCCCCGCAGGAGGGCUCUGCCCCGUAUUCCGCGUCAUCCCAAUAAACCCCAUCUAACGGCGAUUAUUUAAAUACGCGAGUCCCCAACCAAGGGCCCUCGACUGGUCUCGCCUCGUUCCUUCGUUUUUUCUUUUUUUUUUUUUCCGCUAAGGCGCGAACCCCGUUUGAUAGGAUCCCUUUGAACGGGGAGAGCUAGAUAGAAGACGGUUUUUGAUUGAUGGUUCCUCGUGUUCCGUCAAACGUUCCGUCUAGACCAAUCAGACAUCAAACGUGGUUCCAGCCUGCUGGACUCAACCUAGGGUGCAUUGCAAAACCUUACUCGAGUGGCUUGCACAUUGAAUUAAUUUGCGGAAACGUAACUGUGAAAAGGUUGACAGUCGACUUGUCGAAUGCCUUGGAUAAGGCUUUGGAAAGUUACUCUAGGGAAUUUUUUUUUUUCGAACGAUCGGCGCGCCAUCUAUUGAUCAACGAUUGUACCUCGUACGGAGUACGACUCACGGAGGCGUCUCCCGUAGGGAGCCGACCUCGCGUGCGGCGUUAUUUUGUAAUUUGUAUCGUUAUUUAUUUUGUAUAGUAUCAGUACCGCCUGAGGCCGCGCCCUGGGUGUGUCUUGGCGCAAAGAGGGAGGACCGGAAGUGGCACUAGGCGAACUAAGGCGACCGCGGACGAAAGAACCUGGAUGAAAGAUCCAGAUUCUUAAGACCGAAGGGCUUUAAAUCUGCUUUCGAACGAAUUACUCAUUGUUUUACCCUGUUCUCCUUUUUUUUCUCAAGGAUCGCAUCCUUGGUACUUUAAUGGAGACGUGUUUCGGCGAUCGAGAUCGUUUACGUACUAUUCUUUUUAAGGUAGAUUUGGGGUCCUUCGUUCUUCAGGAGUGAUUCGCGUGUCGAUUAAUGGUUGAAAUGCAAAGAUUUCUCGACGUGGACAGAAACGUCGGAGUCGUUCCUCCCUCUUAGGACCGGUCGUCUCGAUUCAUGGCGACGCCAACAGAUGGCGGAUCCGUCGGGGGCGCCUCAGGGUCGGCGCAAGGGGUGAAGAAUUCGGGCGUAAAUCCCGGGGAUCCCUCGAAUCUCCGAAAAUGUCUAAUUCUCCCUGCAGACGCGCGAUUACGGACCUCUUGGUGUAUUUAACGCGCGCUCGCCCCUGCGGGGAUAGUAUAACGACAUGAAAUAUUUAAUGUAAAACGUGUAAUCGUUUAGUUUGUAGCCAUCUGUCCUGCUAAAGUGAAGAAAGAGAGCAAAGGAAGAGAUAUGACUUACCGCUAUCGUGACUCCGCUCGACACACCCGGCCUCGACAGCCCUGCGUCAUAUUUGGCCAUCUUGGAAGACUUCCUCAUCCGGAGAAAUCCCCCAUUGGCUAUUGAGGGGACCCUAGACGAAUCUCCCCACGUGUCGGCGCCCUUUGAAAUUCGGAUUAGUGAUUGGUAUCCGACCAUGUACGCACUCGGUACUCGGAUUUACAUCGUGCGUCGUGUUAAAGGUAUGCACAAUCUCAGUUUAUAUCUCAAAUACUCGAACGAUCGGUUCGCGAUUACUAGAACGAAUUGGCGAAUCGAGUACGAGUACCGGGUAUUCGAAUUUCGAGCCACGCGGACUCGGGCCCGCGAACGCCAAGGGGGCAUUUCUCCGAUUGAGCAUCCAAAGAGACCUGCGCGAUCAGGGAAACAAGAUGGCCGCCUUUACAUCGCAAAUCUCUUCUGCUUCUUUUGUACGGGGCUUUUUCUACUUACCCGCGACUCCAAUCCGAGAGCUGCUGCGUGUCGAGAGCGUUCGAUUUCUUCUUUUCUGUUUUUUCACUCUAUUUUCUCCCUCACUCUGCCCUCCAUAUCCCCCUUUCCCCCUGCCCCACCCCAAGCAACCCGAGUUUCUGUCGACUAGGUGUUUCAAACUGUGUAUGCAUUUAAAGCAACAUGAAUAAUAUUAAUAAUAAUUGUAAUUUAUAAUUAUAUUAAUAUUUAAUAUAUAAGUACGCGUAAGGAGAUACCGAUAACAGUUAACACUGCAAAAUAUAUAUAGAUAGAUAGGUAGAUAGAUAUAUACGUAUGUAAUGGUUCGAACGCCUUCCGGCGACCAUGCUCUACUUCCGUUACGUCACGUAUGAUUUACAUUCGGUUCGUUUCUCUUCGACAUCCAUCGACGUGUUCUUCGCAGAUUUUGGAGAGAAUAAUGGAGCAAAAGGUUCACCCGAUGGGAUUUCCCGAGAUUUGGAGCACUGGGCGGGUUUUCGAAAAUCUAUCGUGGUCGGAUAUUCGCGGAGUGCGGUCGCGCAUUAGGGCUCCACGUUUGCGGAAUCAGGUUUUUAUUUCUAACGCCAUUCGAGAGAUAUGUAUGGAUGAUGUAAUGUGUAAAUUACAAUGGAAUUAUGUGGAAUCAUC